GAGGGCGAGUGGUGAAAGGUCAGCCUUGCACACGCUGAUCCCUGCGCCUCGAGGCGUUCACCGUUAACCGUCCGUGCGCGGCUGCAUCAUCAAAGCGUGUUUAGUCGCGAUUGCAACUGCAUCGCCUUCACCUUCACCACUCCGACUACUUGACCUGCCACGUCUCGCCGCAGAAUACGCUGCACGACCCAUGAUUCGGCCCUGUACUCCGGACAAACGCGGUCGCCUGCCGCCGCUGGAAUUGCCACCUCUGUUGGCCACGAGGGGCCGCCUGUUCUGCGCCCCGGUGCCGGUGCGCAGCAAGUGAUCACUGUGUAACACACGCUAGCUGGUUUGCACCGUUGCGUAAAGAACCGAUAACGCACGUCGGAGCGCGCCAAGAGCGCAAAAGUGCUGUGCCUCUGGCCUUCCGCGGCGCCACAAAAUGGACCUCAGCGAUCAAUACGAUGUGCUGCUGGAUGAUAUCCAGUUCAAGGACGUGCAAAUAAUAUCGCUCGACCCCGAUGAUGAAGAAUUUCAAGUGAGGCUGCGAGAACUUGAGGACGAGAAAGCCGAGCUUGACACAAAGAAAGCCCAACUCGAAGCACGCAUCGCCGAAAACUCGCGCCCGCAAAACCAGCCGAACGGACACACUUCCCAAAAUCAUCACGACAUGGGCGCCGACGAACGUGGUUUCUGGAAUAGCGCCAUCGGCGGUCGACCAGCGAGCAACCACGGCAGUAAUGGCAAUACGUUCGCCAAUCCCUUCAGUUCAGAUGGCGCGGUUCCUACUGCCACUCCCGGUUCUGGCGUGAAGCGUCCGCGGCCGCAGUCAUCAUACUUGCAGGUUGGCGAGAGCGCGUACAAGCGACAGACACCCGAUGUCUCGAAUGCUGCAACUCCGACGUCGUCCGAAGGCUCCUACGAGUUCGUACCGCGAGAUCCUGCGCGCGAUUCAGAGCAAAACCGCUUGUUCAUGCGCGCGCAGCAAGCCGAAGAUGCCGCGAGGAAGCGACGAGAAGCUCUAUUGCGCGAUGAGGAAUUCGCUCGUGCUCUGAGCCAACCGAAUAAUGCGCACGCUUCCUCGUCCAGACCCAACGUUCAGACCACGAUAGAUUUCGGUGGAAACUACCAGCGACCAGCCCCGCAGCCCACUGCAGAAUCAUCGUCUUCGCAACGAAUGCAUCAGCAUCAGAAUCCUGGAUACGGCUUGGCUAUGCCGCGUUCGCAGGCUUAUGGUCGGCCUCAAGUCAAAGCUGAGCCUCCCACAUUCGGAAUGCAGCAACAACUGCCGCAGCGACCGCGACAGUCGAGCGAAGUGGUGGAUCUAACGAACGAUAGCGACGACGAGUUAGAGGAGAUUGCGCCUGCUAGAUUCACGCCCAGCGAUAGGCAGCCUGCACCUUUCAGAACCGGCCCAUCAGUCCCAACUUACCAGAUGCCUGGCGCGUUCCCCAAUACCCCUAACAAUGGUAUACGGCCGGCUCCGGGGCCUGCUGCGUACGGCAAUGGUGCGAACAAUCUGCAUGAUCCAAACAUGUGGAUGUGGCUUCAAAGCGCCAUGCAAAAUCAAGCCCAAGCUUUUCGCAGUCAGCUUCGAGACGUGGGAAAUUUGGUGUAUGGCGCAAGCAGUUCAAAUCCCUGGGACCUUGACGACGACGACGAUGAUGACGAUCUCAUCUACACUGGUGUCCGCCAGACUGCUGGUUAUGGGAACUACGCUGGAAACGAAGCCCUCUAUCGAGACCGGUACGAUACGAUGCAGCACAACGAUCCAACUAAGACCAAGGAGGAGAUCCAGGAGUUGCUUGCCAACAUCCGUCCAGAUGAAGACAUGCCGGCACAUCUCCGUGUGCAAACACCAGAAGACCUGACGAUCAGACUACACAAGUACCAAGAAGUCGGUCUGACCUGGCUCAAGAAGCAGGAAGAGGGUCCCCACAAAGGAGGUAUUCUUGCAGACGAUAUGGGCCUCGGCAAGACGAUACAAAUGCUUUCGCUCAUGGUCACUCGUAAGUCAGAGGAUUUCCGAUGCAGGACGACCUUGAUCAUUGCGCCCGUCGCUCUGCUGCGACAGUGGAAGCAGGAGAUCAAGGACAAGGUCAAAGGCGGUCGCUACGAACUUUCGGUCUUCACUCAUCAUGGAGGAACCAAGGCGAAGAACUUUGACGACUUGCGAUCAUAUGACGUUGUCCUCACCACUUAUGGCAGCAUCGCUUCGGAGUUGAAGAAGCUGGAGAAAUUUCUACUUCGGAAGAAAGCAAACCCUGCCGCAGUUCCUGGCUCUACUGAGAAAUUGAUCUUUCUUGCCGAUGAAGCGCAAUGGUACCGGGUGAUUCUGGACGAAGCUCAAUGCAUCAAGAACAGAACUACUCAGAGUGCUAAAGGUGCUUGUUUGCUCAAAGCCAAAUAUCGCUUUUGCGUGACUGGAACGCCAAUGAUGAACAACGUGGAAGAGUUGUUCUCUCUGAUCCAUUUUCUCAAAAUCAAACCGUACUGCCAUUGGGAGAAGUUCAGACUCGACUUCAACACGCCACUACGCUCAACGCACGAGGCCCAGCGCGGGCGUGCUAUGCGGCAGCUGCAGAUCUUGUGCAAAUCGAUCAUGUUGCGACGUACGAAGAAGAGCAAGUUCGAAGGCGAGCCCAUCCUCAAUUUGCCCGAACGCAGCACCACCGUUGACAACCCAGUAUUCGACGAAGACGAGCAGGCUUUCUACACAGCUUUGGAAUCGCAGUCACAGGUGCAGUUCAACAAGUAUCUGCGUCGCGGAACUAUCGGUCAAUCGUAUUCAGCAAUCUUGGUGUUGCUCUUGCGAUUGCGGCAGGCAUGCUGCCACCCUCAUCUGAUAAAAGAUUUCGGCGUGGCGGCAGCUGCAGACAUGACUGAAGAUCAGAUGCUCGAUUUCGCCAAGCAGCUCGAUCCACAAGUCGUGGAGCGGAUCAAGUCAACUGGAGGCAACUUCGAAUGCCCAGUCUGCUAUGAUGCGGUCGCCAACCCGGCCAUUUUCAUUCCUUGUGGCCAUGACACUUGCUCCGAAUGUUUCUCGAAGAUCGCAGACCCGGCCAAUGCUAUUCAACAGGGCAUUGAAAACGAAAAUGGAGGUGCACGCUGCCCGAAUUGUCGCGGAAACAUCAAUGCUAAGCGCCUUACGGAUUUCAACAGCUUCAAGAAGGUGCACAUGCCUGAGCUGCUCAGCGAGGCAGAGCGUGCCGAGAUGAACGCAGCAGAUGAUGAAGAAGUUGUGUCUGGGGUCGAGGAUGACAGCGAUGACGAUAAUGACGAUGACGAAGAGAGCUCCAGCGACGAAGACGAGACUCUUGGCGGGUUCAUCGUUCCGCCCGAUGAGGAAGAAUCCGACGAGGAAGACUCCGAUGACGAUGAUGAUCUUGACAGGAAACUCAAAUCAAAGAAAGACAAGAAUGGCAAAGCCGUCAAGCGAGAGCCAGUCGAUGAGGAGCUGGAAGAGGAUGACGAUGGUCUCGAUGCACCGUUCAAGCCGAAAGUUGAGGAGGGCGUUGCGGGCCCUGCGACUAACGGCACUGGUAUCUUCGCUGGACACAAAUCCAAGGCUAAGAAGUCUAAGAGCAGUAAGGGCAAAGGCAAAGAGGCGAAGAAGAACAAGAAGGGCGCGAAGGGCAAGGGGAAAGCGAAAGAGAAGAAGAAGAAGACCAAAGGUCCUGUGACUUUGGCAGAUCUGAAGAAAGAAGCUGCGAAGAGCACGAAAGCCAAGAAGAAGUACCUUGCCCGCCUUCGCAAGACGUACGUCGGAUCGGCCAAGAUUGAUAAGACAAUGGAGAUCUUGAAAGAUAUCAUGGAAGCCAAAGAGGGCGAGAAAGUUCUCAUCUUCAGUCAGUGGACAUCGCUGCUGGAUCUGCUGGAGAUUCCCAUCGAUGGCGAGGGCUACGGUUAUCGUCGUUACGAUGGCAGCAUGACUGCGACCAUGCGAGCUGAUGCUGUCGAUGACUUCAAGGAUGAUAGCAAGAACGUCCGCAUCAUGCUGGUGUCGCUCAAGGCUGGCAAUGCUGGACUUAACCUCAACAUGGCCAGCCAGGUCAUCAUCCUCGAUCCGUUCUGGAAUCCUUACAUUGAAGAGCAAGCCAUCGACCGGGCCCAUCGCAUUGGCCAACUGCGUCCAGUCACAGUCCAUCGUGUGCUGAUACAGGGUACUGUCGAGGACAGGAUCAUCGAGCUGCAAGAGAAGAAGCGGGCUCUCAUUUCUGAGGCGCUGGACGAGCAGUCGGCUGCGAACCUUGCUCGUCUUGGCGUGCAGGAGCUGGCUUAUCUCUUCGGUGUCACUGGCGAUCCGACACAGCAGGUCAACUACCGUGCAGCUAAUGGCCGUCGGUAGAGAAUGAAGAAGCAAGUCAUUGGCAUUUUUAUUGUCGCGAUCACAAUAUGCUUCGCGCUCGUUCUUGCAUCGUUUCGCAAACUUGGUUUCAUGAUGUAGAUGAGCAGGAUUUCAGGGCAUGGCAGAAAAGCGCUUUCGCCAUCGGCUUCUGAGAUCGUAGGGAACAGUCGAAUACGGCGUUUUGGAGGUGGGAGGUUAUACUAUCGAAGUUUUUGAUACCCCAACGAAUCAGCAUGAAUAAUGUAUCUUAUGAAAAUCAAACGCACA